CCGGCCGCUAGACUGCGCUGUCAAUUAUGCCUCUGUUUUAGGAGCCGGGUGUGUGUGAGUGUUUGUGGGAGUGUGUGAGUGUGUGAGUGUGUGUAUGUGUGUGUUGUUUCCUCCAGCGGGAUAAACCUGCUCUAUCUCUCCCUCAGUGUCCCUCACUGUCCUCAGCAUCUCCAGCAUCUCCAGCAUCUUCCCGAGGAGAAAGAAGGAGGAGAAGAGAACCGGAAUUUCAGGAUUAUGUACCGUCCUUUCGCCGACCUCUGUCCCCGUAUCCUUCGCCCGUCUCCUCCUCUCUGCCGGAACACAGCGGAAUGAGAAGCUGCAACCAUGAUGGAGGGACUGAAAAAGCGUACCCGAAAGGCGUUCGGGUUACGCAAGAAAGAGAAGGACACUGACUCCACGGGAUCACCAGACAAGGAAAAAUCAAAAAAGGCCAAUGGAGCCCCAAAUGGUUUCUAUGGCGAGAUCGACUGGGAUCGAUAUAACUCUCCAGAUGUGGAUGAUGAGGGAUACAGCAUCAGACCUGGAGAGCAGGGGGCGACGACCCUCAAAACCAAAACCUUCUACUCAUCCAGCGAAUCAGAGGGUGAGGAUGAGCAGGGAAAGAAGUUUAAGAUUAAGAUCAAGCCCCUGGCACCAGACAACGGUACUGUGCCCACCAUGGAUGAGCUGAAGGCCUCUGUGGGCACCCUGGCCAUCUCUCCCUCACCGCUGUGCCAGCUCAAACGGAACAUAUCAAGUGAGGAGAUAGCCAGGCCAAGACGCUCAACCCCUACACCCUCCCCAACCCCAGGGCCUUGUCCCGAUACGCCAAGUAAGAGGUUAUCGGACAACACCUCGUCUUUCUUCGGCCCUCCUUUUGAGACAAACUUUGAAGCACAGAAUGCAGAAGUUUUUAUAGUGGAACCAGAGCUAUGGUGUCAAUCAACUCCACGGGCCGCCUCCCCACUGAACAGAAGUUUCCCCACAGGAGCUCCUCCUCCUCUUCCUCCCAAGAACAUUCCUCCCACUCCACCAGUCUUCAGCUCCAGCUCUGUAGAAUCUUCUGGUUAUUACAGCGUGGUUCCCAGCGUGGGAGGGGAGGGAUCCACCUCUGCGUAUCGGGACGUCCUGUUGUCGGACAGUACCGCGGGACCGGUGAUGCCGGAUCUGGAUAACGUGUUCGGGCCGGCGGAGACGCGGCGCUGCAGGUCUGAGACCGAGGCGGUUCAGUGCAGCUGGGUCAGCUUCAGCGACGGCUCCCCCUCCAGACCCCCGCCCCCUGACGAACCCGCCCCCUCCCCGCCCCUCUCCUCCUCCCCCGCGGACUCGCCCCCUGCAUCACCCAUCAACCUCCCCCCUCCAGACUCGCCCCCGCCCCCGCUGCACCCGAUCCCACCCCCGGACUCUCCUCCACCCCCUCCGCCUUCCAUCUCUCGUCCUCCAGACUCCUCCCCCGAGGAUCUCUCGCCUCCUCUACCCUCCGCCUUCCAGCUCCAGGAACCCUUCCCAAGAUGCCUCUCCCCCAGCGUCCCCCUCACCCCCGCCAGCCCCAGCCUCCCCCCUCUACCCGCCGAGCGCGCCGCGUACGGGACGGUCCCGCCCCCUCUGCUCCUGCGGGACGAGGCCCGGAGAACCCCGGACUCUGUAGGACUUCGAGAAGAACUUCUCUCUUAUUCUUGUUCACCCAAAGACCUCGCUCCAGGAGGACUGCGUGGAACCCCCCCUCCGCUGCCCCCGCCCACAUACAGGAGUAUAGUAGCUUCCCCUGGACCUGGCAGCGGUACUUCCUCUCCUGCUCGGCCUGGCACACCUCUAUCAGCGGGCAGUCCAAUACCACCACUACCACCACGACCGUCCUCGCGACCUAAACUCCCACCUGGCAAACCAAACGUAGGAGAACUGUCCCGGUCCUUCAGUCCUCCCGUCCACUCUUGGAGUCCUCCACCCUUCGCUCCUCUGGCUCGAGCAGAAAGCACCUCCUCCAUCUCCUCCGUGACCUCACUCAGCGCCGCCUCUACGCCCACGUUGGGCCGAGAUCUCAACCUGUCCGUCUCAGUUUGUUCCAGAGGCCCAAGCCCUCUCACCAUGGGUCCACAGGACACUCUGCCUGUUGCAGCCGCCUUCACCGAGACCAUUAGCGCUUACUUUAAAGGAGCUGACCCCAGCAGAUGUGUGGUGAAGAUAACUGGAGAGAUGGUGCUGUCCUUCCCAGCCGGCAUAACGAGACACUUCUCCAACCAUCCCACCCCACCAGUCCUGACCUUCACCAUCAGCCACUACAGCCGGCUGGAGCAGGUCCUCCCCAACCCUCAGCUGCUCUGCUGUGACACCAUGCCAACUGUCUCUGACUGUAAGGAGUUUUGGGUAAACAUGCCCAACCUGAUGACUCACCUGAAGAAAGUGGCUGACCAGCGGCCUCAGGCCACCUAUUACAACGUGGACAUGCUGAAAUACCAGGUGUCGACGCAGGGCAUCCAAUCAACUCCUCUAAACCUGGCAGUGAGCUGGAGAGGAGACCCCAACAGCACAGACCUCAGGAUAGACUAUAAAUACAACGCAGAGGCCAUGCUGAGCCCCGUGCCCCUCACAAACAUCCAGUUCAUGGUGCCCGUCGACGGUGGCGUGAUGAAAGUUCAGGCCAUGCUGCCGCCAGCCACCUGGAACCAGGAAACACAGAAGAUACUGUGGAAGAUAUCAGAACUGUCUCAGAAAUCAGAAAACGGAGGAGUGGGGGCGCUGCUGGGCCGCUUCCAGCUGUCAGAAGGUCCCAGUAAGCCGUCUCAGCUGGCCGUGCAGUUCAGCAGUGAGGGGAGCACUCUGUCCGGCUGUGAUUUUCAGCUGAUGGGAUCGGGUUAUAGACUCUCGCUGGUCAAGAAAAGAUUCUCUGCAGGUAAAUAUUUAGCAGAUAACUGACGCUGCUUCUGCUGCUGCUGUAAAUGAAGGACAUGACCUAAGCGUCUGCAGAGCGGAUUGGUCUGAGAUGGGGAGAAGUGAGGACGCUUCACCACUAAAGAGACUUUUAACACAUUUUUAAUCCUUGAAGGACAGAAAAACCCCAGACUAGUUUCUCUCUGGUGUAGAAUAUCAUCCGUGUGUUUGUGUGUAUGUGUGUAGUAGCAGAUAUUGUAUGUGUAUACAGUACAUUUCAGGACAAACGCAAUAUGCAAGAAGGCAGAGUCUCUCCUGUUUCUGAGUUGGGUGCGCAUCGUCUCUCUGCCCGCGAAUCAGACGAGUUCAGACUGUUCACACUCAGUGAAGCUCGGCGUGCUGCUGUUAAACCCAGGGUUAGCAUCGCAGCAGCAGCAGCAGCAGCAGCAGCAGAAGUGAUGGUGAGAUCUCUGUUCUGUUCUGUUAUCAGUUCUAUUUUAAUCCUUUUAUUUUUCCACAGAAUAAAAACACACACAAUACCCAUCAUGCAGGCUUUAAAACUUAUCAUGAUAAAAAGGAUGGAAAUUAAGGGUUUUUUAUGAUCAGAUUCAGUUUUUUCAUUCGACGUCCAGCAGCUGAUGAAUUACUGUACAUGACUGUUGUUUUAUAUACACUUUAUUAUUGUUAAAAAUAAAAGAUGAUAAAGUUUGUUGGUUAAUUAUAUUAUACAGUUGGUUAACUGACAGUUGGUUAAUUAUAAAAUACAGUGAAAUGUAAAAAAAAUAGGAAAUAGAAAAAUAACCUUUUUUUUUUUUUUUUUAAAAAGCCAAAUUUGAUUAAAACAUGUAAAGAACAUGGUAAAUACAAUAAAUAAGCAGCAAUGACGAUUCAGUAACGAUUCAGUAAUUUUCUCAUGUUUAGAUGACCGUUAAAUAAAUAGCUUUUAAACAGGUAAUACGUCUUUAUGAUCACACUUUAUGGUUAGUUGUUUGUACUGAUUUAUGUUGAUUUAAGUGUAUAAACUGCAGUCAUGUACGUGAUUUCUCUAUUAAUUCAGAGGCUAUUAAUGCUGACUGGGUGAUUCUCAGUUCUGAGAUGGAGAUUUAUUUUAAUUUAAUUUAAUUUAAAUUUGCAUCAGUUCAGUUUUCUGACCGUUUCAGGCUAAAUUUGAAAAUAAAAAAUGGGUAUAAAACUUAAUUAUUUCAUUUUUCUCCCAUUUACUUCUAUGAAGAAGAAAUUUAUUUUUAUUUAUUUUAUUUUAUUUUUUUAGGUUUUUUUUUUUUUUUUUUUUUUCAUUUUUUCCAUUAUUGCAUCUUGUAACACAAAUCUUAUGGUAUUAUGUUUACUUACUAGUUUACUUUUGUUAAAAAUCAGAAAACUGAAUUUAUUUAUUUAUUUAUUUAUUUAUUUUCCUGAAAUUCUAAUUGUGAGGUGCAGACAUAAAAAAAAAAAAACUAGUAAACCCAUUUCUUCUAUACUACACCAAAUGGUAAGAAUUAAAUAAUAAUAAAAAAUAUAUAUAUAUUUUCAAAUUUAGUUUUGAUUUGGUCAGAAAAUGAAACUGCUAAAAUUUACACUGACAUUAUAUGUUAUUUUAUAAUUAUUUAAAAUUAUUUCAACUAAUUAUUAUAAUAAGUUAUUCUGUUAUGACACUGUUAUGGGUCCCAUGAACUUAAAUUAUGUAUUAAAUAUGAAUUAUUACCUGCAAAUGAACCAGAAAAGCAUUAUAAUGGCUGCAGAUUGUUCGAGCGUUGUAUUGCGUUUCUCGUUUAUUUGUAUAAAGUAUGAGAUUUAAUCCUGUGUUGGUUUUGCAGAUGACGUUUGCUGUUGUAUUUUACAGGAGUUUAGAGUGUUUGUGGUUAAAGCUGUGAGCUGUUAGAUGGUAUGAUGGUAUGAUGGUAUUAUAUAUUGCUCCAGAGAUGCUCAUUGGUUCAGAUGUGGAGUUAAUAUUCCAGAAGCAAUGCCUUCUGGAUCGUUUUUCUUGUCGCGCUUCUGAAAUGAAACGAGAGACGGAUUUCGUGUCAAAGAUGCAGCAUUCCUUAUCGUUAGAUACAAACUGUAUAAAAGAGUUUUUUGCGUUCGUUUUGUUUUUUCCACAAUGUGGAUUUCUUUCUUUUUUUUUAUUUAAUUUAAUUUAUUUUUUUUACAUUUUCCUGUAGCAAUAUUGAAGAAUAAUGUGUAUAAAUGUAAGAUAAGAAUUGUUAUAUGUAUAUCCAAAUGGGUAUAGAGCUUUUAUGUAUUAUUAUCAUUAUUAAGAUAAUGUUUUUUAUUUUAUUUUUAAAUGUUUCUUCUUAACAUUCAUCACUGCACUUUAUUUGUAUAUUUUAUGUGAUUCGCACCUGUCGCCUUUAACGUAACUUUAUUUAUGACUCAUUUGCUUGAACACUUUUCAUAUCUAAAGCCCAGAACUCCUACAGAUUACUGUACAACGCUAUGGCAUAUUUUAGACACUGUUGAUUCUCGAUUAGUCUGGAAAAUUAAGAAAUUGGUCGUCUCUAUUUAACUUUAACUUGCUUUGUGGUUGCAGUGCUGUUUAGACUACGUGAAUCACUACGUUUUAAAUGCUAGCUGUUGUUUAUUCGCUGCAUUUUGUUAAAAAACACCGACACUGUGUUCAUUUCUCACGUUUUCAGCAUGAGUUCGAAAUGGAAAAGAAAAAGAAAGGCCUCAAAUAAGUGCUGUAACACUGAAUGCUGUUUAUUUCGGUAUGAGCAGGACGUUCUUUUUACGUUCUGACCAAUCAAUUGAAAUGCUUUGAAAGCUCUGCAUCUUUUUUGUUAUUUUGUAGUUUAUAGAAUAAAACAACAAUGGUCAUUUUACAACAAAAUCAGAGAAACUGAUUCAGAAACUCAAGUGGUCUCUUAAUUUUUCCAGAGCUGUAUAUAACCAUCUAUAUGGUUUAUAUAUAUUUUAUAUUUUAUAUUAUAUAUAUUAUGUUCUGUGUCCAAAGUAAGAUAUAUGUUUGAAACGUUUUUUUUUUGUUUGUUUUUUUUUUUUUUUACUUUUUAAGGUAUUAAAAAUUGAGUUAUCAUAAAAUAAAAUAGCCACAACACUUCCACAACUACGGAAUUAUAAUAUUUAUAUUUCACACUGUGGCCAUCUAGUGGCGCACGUGUACAUCAGUAACUGUACUGAGUGUAAGUGCCACUAGUGUAAGGAUCACUAGUACCACCAGUAUUUAUUUUGGAUGAAAUGCCUUUAUGUUGAGAGCAAGACAAGAUGAGAAAAUCACAAUUUUGAAAAGAAUAAAUUAAAAAUGCAAAAAUAAGUAAUUAUAUUAAAAUAAAGCAAUGUUUCUGAGCUAAAAGUUAUAUAUACUGACAUCAGAUCUUUAUUUCUCUGUCUUUUCCUUCUGACGGGAAUAAACUUCCAUACUUGAUCUGAUCUUAAAAAAAGGGACUUUACAAGUUUUUCUUGUGAAAGGUGGAUUUGUGCUGCUGAAGUCAUGUAUGUACCAUUUCACUGAAUCAUCCUGUGUCACUUAAGUUUUCAUCACAGAGAUUUUCUUCAUGUGUGGAAAGUUAAUAUUUGUAUUUGUCAGCUGGUUAACCUGCAUCGUGUUCAUCACCAAGAAAACUGAAUAUGCAAAUAUUUCAUGUGUAGGAUAUGUCCUUCCCAGGUUUUAAGACAAUAUAAAGAUUGAAGAUGAUAGGUAUAUCAAAAGUGGAAAAAUAAUGUCAUGUAUCAAAAUAAUAAAAUAAAAAAAAUCCCCAAAAUUAAAA